UGUGUUUUUAUUAUUUCUGACAAAGCACAAAUGUAUCAUUAAAAAGCUUUUUCUUUUGUUUUUUCACAGUUUUCUCCAUGAGUAUCCAGUCCGCGCGCAGCAGCACUUGAUCUCGGCGGGGAAGCGGAGAAAAGGAAGAUGACCAUUCACGUCGAGGGUCUCGUGGCUAUCGUGCUCUUCUAUGUCCUGAUUCUGUUUGUGGGGAUCUGGGCUGCGUGGAAGAAUAAGAACUCUGGAGUUGGCGAAGGCAUAGAUCGGAGCGAGAGUAUCAUGGUUGGGGGAAGGGACAUCGGCUUGUUCGUUGGUGGAUUUACGAUGACCGCCACUUGGGUGGGAGGGGGCUACAUUAAUGGAACAGCAGAAUAUGUCUACCUCCCAGGUUUCGGCCUGGCCUGGGCACAGGCACCCUUUGGUUAUGCUCUCAGCCUUGUAGUAGGGGGCCUUUUCUUUGCCAAACCCAUGCGAUCACGUGGAUAUGUGACCAUGCUGGAUCCCUUCCAGCAGCUAUAUGGAAAAAGGAUGGGUGGUCUGCUGUUCAUCCCUGCACUCAUGGGAGAAAUCUUCUGGUCUGCAGCCAUUUUGUCCGCUUUGGGUGCGACUCUCAGUGUGAUAGUGGAUAUAAAUAUCAACAUGUCUGUGGUGAUCUCAGCACUGAUAGCCAUCUUCUACACACUUGUUGGAGGACUUUACUCUGUUGCAUACACAGAUGUGGUCCAGCUCUUCUGUAUCUUUCUGGGUUUGUGGAUCAGUGUGCCUUUUGCUCUGUCCAAUCCUGCCGUGUCAGACAUCGGUGUUACAGCCAAGAAAACAAUCUAUCAAUCUCCUUGGCUCGGGAAGAUUGAGCCCGAAGACAAUUGGCUCUGGGCGGACAACUUCUUUUUGCUUAUGUUGGGGGGGAUUCCCUGGCAGGUCUAUUUUCAACGGGUUCUUUCUGCUUCUUCAGCUACCUACGCCCAGGUCCUUUCAUUCCUUGCUGCCUUCGGUUGCUUGGUCAUGGCUGUCCCCUCUGUCCUCAUAGGAGCUAUAGGGGCUUCCACUGACUGGAACCAAACUACAUAUGGUUCCCUCCCUCCAAAGGAUAAGGAUGAGUCAGACAUGAUCCUUCCUAUAGUGCUUCAGCACCUCUGCCCACCGUACAUCUCCUUCUUUGGUCUGGGGGCUGUGUCAGCUGCAGUCAUGUCAUCAGCAGACUCAUCCAUACUCUCAGCCAGCUCCAUGUUUGCCAGGAACAUUUAUCAGCUCGCGUUUCGGCAGUCGGCCUCAGAUCGGGAGAUUGUUUGGGUGAUGCGCCUCACCAUCUUUGUGUUCGGAGCUCUGGCCACUGCCAUGGCAUUGUUAACAGGAUCAGUAUACGGCCUUUGGUACCUGAGCUCUGAUCUGGUCUAUGUCAUCAUAUUCCCCCAACUUCUCAGUGUGCUGUUCGUUAAGGGCACCAACACCUAUGGUUCUGUGGCUGGUUAUAUCUUUGGUCUUCUGCUGCGCAUUGGUGGGGGGGAGCCCUACCUCAAACUACCUCCAUUCAUCUAUUACCCCGGCUGGGUGACCCAGGAGAAGGUCCAUCACCUCACUGGAGAUGUAGAGCACUUUAUCCAGCAGAGGUUCCCCUUCAAGUCUGUGUCCAUGGUGGCAUCCUUCUUGGCCAAUGUGUUUUUUUCUUACCUGACAAAGUAUCUAUUUGAAAGUGGUAUGCUGUCACAUAAGUACGACUUCCUGGAUGCUGUUGUUUCCAAGCACAGCAAGGAGAUAAUGGACAAGGCUACACUGGUAAGCAACCAUGAUAACAUAAUUCUUUCAGAGAUGGCUCCUGUCAGGCAGGUCUUGGGUGCCUCACUUGCUGGGACCUUUACCAACACGGAGGUCCUCAGUGAUGAUGGGGCAUCUAGUCCAGAGGCUUUUCACAAUGAAGAUUAGACAUUUAAGGCACAAAGUAAACUAGAACCAAGGAAUGUAAAGAAGAAGGAACAGUCAAAAGAGGCAUCAAUAUUCUUCAGGAAAAUUACUACUGCCACACUGGGAGCCAAAUCAACAGAGCAUCUGCUGUGGCUUUCAAGUGACUCCAAAAGUUUCUGACGGCAAUAUGGUGCCUCCUUCUUUUUUGAAAUUCCUUGCCUAGAAACAGCAAACAGACUCAAUCACCUGUGCAAAUCAUUCCACACUCAUUCUUGUGUUUUCUUAUCAUGACUCUGUGAAACUUUAACCAUUUUCAUUUAAGUGCUGCUAUAGUGAU